AUGUCUUCUUGUGAUGGAGGGCAACUCUUGUUUAAUGUGUUACUUGGGGGCCAAGAGGGAAGACAGUCUAAAAAAGUUCUCUUCAAUGGGCAUCUAGAUGCGUGUGAGGGAAUAGUGAACGAAAUUCAACCCAAACCUGAUAUCGCAGUGCUUGGCAUUGCUGAAAGGGCAAAUUUAAACGGAAGGCCAUUUGAUGGGUCCGCAGCCACGUUUGCGACCAAAUUGGUCAAAUGGAUUAGAGAGCCGCAGAAAGUCAUCUGGUGUUUACGUGAUGAGUGGGAAGUCUGCUUCAAGUCAACUAUGUCAUCAAACCGUACCGGGUUGAUACAAGAGCCGCGACAGAAGCUGUGGAGGCAAAGACGAGCUCACGAAUUGUGGAUCUGCCUCAUGAAUACGGGGAAACCAAAUAGGUAG